CAGGAAAUUAUGCGUCUCCUACAUUUCCUCUCUUUCGUCUCUCUUUCGAGUGCCUUUCUUCUUCCUUCCCUCCCCUCCUCUUCCUCCCCGCUGUCAAAACGGGGCCGGGCUCUGGCGUCUUCUGCUUCCGAAGAACUCUCUCGAAAGGAAAAAAGCAAGGAGCAAGUCCGUUCGCUUUUGAAAGGAUUGGGUGAAUUAGACGAUGAAGACGGCCCCAGCGAAAGCGGAAGCAGCAAACGCAAGGCGGGCAUUAGCUGACAAGGAUAAGAUGAAAUUGGAGCCGGAAUCCGUCUUCUUCGAGGGAGCACCGCAUUGGAGUGAGGUGGUAGUCCCUGCCAUCUCCAUCCUCACCGUCAUCGGCAUCAUUCCCUUCGCGUCCUCCGUUGCGCGACAGAUUUGGGUCAUCUACGCGGACAUCGAACGCAUCAACUACGUCUUUCGCGCCUUCGGAACCACAGGUGACAUGGUCCUCUUCCUCCGUGAUGGCGCCAAGCUGGAAAUUCGCUCCCUUCCCAAUUUCCGGGAUGUGUACAACUACAUCCGCAGUCAGCUGGACGACGACGCCCGCGAGCAGACCCCUGCCUUGCCGGAGCCGAAAUAAGGGGGGAGGGCACGGGGGAGGGGAGGGAGG